AUGCCUACUGAGAUCCCUGGGCCGCCCGGCGUGCCGCUGCUGGGUAACAUCUUUGAUGUCAACCCCAACGAGACGUGGAAUUCGCUCAACAAGCUGGCCAAGCAAUAUGGCCCCAUCUUCAAGAUCAACGCCCUGGGCCACCAGAUCGUCUUCAUUGGCAGCGUCGCCCUUGUCGAAGAAAUUUGCGACGAGACGCGAUUCCGGAAAUGUGUGACUGGCCCUGUGCUGGAGAUUCGGUACUCUGUGCACGACGGUCUCUUUUCUGCCAAACACAGCGAGAUGAAGCCUUGGGGCAUUGCUCACCGCAUCAUGUACCCCCACGUCACCCAAGAGGCGACCGACGCUGGCUUCGCCGAUAUGGCAGAGGUCAUUCCCGACCUGACCAAGAAGUGGACCUCCGGAACCAAGCAACGUACUCUGGCCACGGAUGAUCUGGAUCGGAUUCUACUGGCCUCCUGCAUGAAGUGCUUCUUUAACCAGCGGGUGCAUGUGCUCGGCAACGACGCGCAGUCCGUCAAGGCCAAGAAGAUGGUUGAUGCGUGGGAGGGUGCUACAAUGGAAGCGAUGAAGCGGCCGACUCGCCCGAAGCUCCUCAACUUGCUGUACCAGAGUCGCUUUUCCUCCUUGACCAAAACCAUGCGCUCCUACGCCACCGAUAUUGUGAACAGCCGCCUGAACAAUCCCGACCAAGCCCGCAAGGAUAUGCUUGAUGCCAUCCUCAACGGUGUCGACCCCGAGACCGGCGAGAAGCUCACGGACUCGCAGCACCUCGAUGAGAUCGUCACCAUCUUUAUCGGUGCCGCCACCGCCGCCAAUCUCGUUUCUUACGCCCUGUACUACCUGAUGGAGAACCCCGAGCCUCUCAAGAAAGCCCAGGAGGAGCUCGACUCGGUGGUCGGCGACGGCCCGAUCGAUCUCGCCCACCUCACGCAGUUGAACUAUGUCGAGGCCUGUCUCCGCGAAGCAAUCCGCCUGUCCGCCACCGCCCCCGGCUUCAACAUCGAGCCUAUCCCUCCCAAAGAAAAGAGCGACAAGAGCCCCGUCCUCCUGGCCGGCGGCGAGUACCAGAUCCCGAACAACCAGCCCAUGAUCGCGAUCUUGAACGCCGUGAACCGUGACCCGGCCGUCUUCGAGUUCCCUGAGGAGUUCAAGCCCGAGCAGGUCCUCGGCGAGAAGUGGGACAAGUUGCCCGCAGCCGCGAAGAAGGGCUUCGGCAACGGCAAGCGCGAGUGCAUUGGCAAGAAGUGGGCAUGGCAGUGGGCGUUCUUCACCCUGGCUAGCAUCGUCAAGGAUGUCUCUUUUGAGCUGGAGGAUAAGAACUACAAGCUGCAUGCCAACGGUGCGUUCAGCAUCAAGCCGCUAGAUAUGUGGACUCUCAUGAGCCCGCGUAAUGGAGGGAACCUGUCAGAUAGUUCGUUCGCUGAGUACAUCGCCGCAAAGGAACACAUCAACAUCAAGCUGCCCGACUGGGUGUCUUUCCCGGACGGAGCCACGCUGGCCGUGGGUAUCACGACCGUGGCCCAGGGAAUGUACCAGCAGCUACAAUUGCCAUUGCCCGAGCCAUCACCGCCAUUGUCCGUGCAACCCGGGGCAGCCAAGGAGCUUAUUCUGAUCUACGGCGGGAGUUUUGCCACGGGCACGCUGGCCAUUCAAUUUGCCAAACGAUCCGCAUACACAGUCAUCACUACCUGUUCGCCGCACAAGUUCGCGCUCGUGCGAGCACGCGGCGUGGACCAUGUCCUCGAUCACCACUCGCCGGCUCUGGCACAGUGGGCAAGGAUAGAUUAG